CUGCCGACGGACCCGGAGCAGAGAGCGCAGGAGCCGCGGCACGCUGGCUUCGUGCUGGGGCUGGACGUGGGCAGUUCUGUGAUCCGCUGCCACGUCUAUGACCGGGCGGCGCGUGUCUGCGGCUCCAGCGCGCAGAAGGCUGAACCCCGCGCGCCCUUCCUGUCCAGACUGAGGGCACCAGGGGCCCGGUGUAUGACCUGGGCCGCUCGCUCGCCUCCUGCCACCUGGAGAACCACCUGUCCAGCCUUACCUGGAUGGGACUGAGGUAGAAAAUCUUUAUCCUCAAAUUGGCUGGGUAGAAAUUGAUCCUGAUGUUCUUUGGAUUCAAUUUGUUGCCGUAAUAAAAGAAGCAGUCAAAGCUGCAGGAAUACAGAUGAAUCAAAUUGUUGGUCUUGGCAUUUCAACACAGAGAGGAACUUUUAUUACGUGGAACAAGAAAACAGGAAAUCAUUUUCACAACUUUAUAAGUUGGCAAGACUUAAGAGCUGCUGAACUUGUAAAAUCUUGGAAUAAUUCUCUUCUAAUGAAGAUAUUUCACAGUUCUUGCCGAGUGCUUCACUUUUUCACUAGAAGUAAACGACUUUUUGCAGCCAGUUUGUUCACUUUCACAACCCAGCAGACGUCUUUGAGAUUGGUCUGGAUUUUACAGAACCUGAUUGAGGUGCAAAAGGCAGUUGAAGAAGAAAAUUGCUGCUUCGGAACUGUUGAUACCUGGUUGUUGUAUAAGCUCACAAAAGGUUCUGUAUAUGCCACAGAUUUUUCAAAUGCUAGUACAACUGGACUUUUUGACCCAUAUAAGAUGUGUUGGAGUGGGAUAAUUACCUCUCUAAUUUCGAUACCACUUUCUCUCCUACCUCCCGUGAGGGACACAAGCCACAAUUUUGGAUCAGUGGAUGAAGAGAUAUUUGGUGUGCCUAUACCAAUAGUUGCCUUGGUUGCUGACCAGCAAUCAGCCAUGUUUGGAGAGUGCUGCUUCCAGACAGGUGAUGUGAAAUUAACCAUGGGAACUGGGACAUUUUUGGAUGUUAACACUGGAAAUAGCCUUCAACAGACUAUUGGAGGCUUUUAUCCAUUAAUUGGGUGGAAGAUUGGACAAGAAGUCGUAUGCUUAGCUGAAAGCAAUGCAGGAGACACUGGUACUGCCAUAAAAUGGGCUCAACAGUUAGACCUUUUCACAGAUGCUGCUGAGACUGAAAAAAUGGCCAAAAGUUUGGAGGAUUCUGAAGGAGUUUGUUUUGUUCCAUCUUUUAAUGGAUUACAGGCUCCAUUAAAUGACCCCUGGGCAUGUGCCUCUUUUAUGGGUUUGAAGCCUUCCACCAGUAAAUACCAUCUUGUACGAGCAAUAUUGGAGUCAAUAGCUUUCAGAAACAAACAGUUAUAUGAGAUGAUGAAGAAAGAGAUUCAUAUUCCUGUAACAAAAAUCCGGGCAGAUGGAGGAGUUUGUAAGAACGGUUUUGUCAUGCAGAUGACUUCAGACCUGAUUAAUGAGAAUAUAGACAGACCUGUGGACGUUGACAUGUCAUGCCUGGGUGCAGCUUCUCUAGCUGGCCUUGCUGUUGGGUUUUGGACUGACAAGGAGGAACUAAAGAAACUGAGACAAAGUGAAGUGGUUUUCAAGCCACAGAAGAAAUGUCAAGAAUAUGAAAUGAGUCUGGAAAACUGGGCCAAAGCAGUGAAACGCUCUAUGAAUUGGUAUAACAAGACAUAACACUAAAUGAAAUGAUCAAAACUAUAGAUGGCUGGUUUAUGUGACGUGCAGAUGAGAUGAAGCUCAGGGAUAACCAAUAUGACAAUGACUAAGAGGAGAAAAUGUUAAAUAAGCUUCAUAACUUAAGAAGCAUUGCUUUAAAAAAACUCUUACUUUUUUCCCUAAAUCAUGGUAAGGCAGCAAUACCUCAAAACUUUAUAUCUUCUAUUUUGUAAUAAAUUCCAAGGGACAUUAGUCAUUUCCAACCAUA